AUGUCUGGCCACAACCCCAGAGGAAAUCGCUUUCAAGCGUAUAUCCCGAUGCAGCGAGAGGACUCACUGAAGAAGAAGGCCGCUGGCCCUGAGUCUGGCAUGGCCGACCAAGCAGAGAAACGACCACCCACCGCGAUCCGAUCAUCGGGACUCCCGGAUUUCAGCGACCUACCAGCGCCUUGGGCUCAGAAUUGCCAGGAACUAUGGGACCAAGGAGCUCAGACUGUGAAGAGGCCUGACGGAUCACACGACAACUGGGAUGUGGUUGACUGGCUGCUCACCAGGAAGGGAGGUGCGGCCGCGAACUGGCCAACCCUGGAUGAAGGCCAGAAGGCGAUCGAGGCUAUGCGUGAGGAACCAUUCGAUCUUAACAGGAUUCGGGAGGAAAUGGAACACGAGGAGAAGGAGCUUGAAAGGAAGGAAAAGAGACGACAGGCUAAUAAGAUGCGUUUCCGCCCAAGGGGUGAGUGGGACAAGGCGAAUUCGACAUACUUGAGGACGCCUCUCGGCUCUUCAGCGAGAAUUAUAGAAUCUGGGGCCAGCCGCCUCCUGGUGGGCGCUCCUUCAGCAAGCCAGGUAUGCUGGAUCACCCAGCUCGUCAUUCAUCGCAACUAUCGGGAACAACGUCUCACCACCAUCCUACUUCUAGCCCUCCGCAACAGUGAUGACGACAUAUUCGGCAUCAUGAGCUCUCAUCCAGCCGCCUGUAAAACUCUUGCAAAAGCCUUUGGAAAUUUCACAUUCCCUCAAGUCCCGCUAGACUUUGCUAGGCAGCAUGCCGCGGACGUCAUAACUGGAUCUCCGGUCAGCUAUGUCAAGGAUGCCAGGCUCCAUGGAAGCCUCUUCAACUCGGAGGACACAAGUGGACUCAAGUGUGGGGUGGAUUCGAACUUCUUCGUUGACCACACCGAACCCCUAGAUGCUCAAGUGAGGUUCAAGGAGCUAGGGGGAUGGCCACUAGGCGACUUGCCUGAUGGGCAUGAAUUUCUACUUAUGUUUGACGUGGCACGGCGGAGAAGAUCACGAUCCUCGCAGCGGAAUGGCAAGACUGAUGAUAAAGAGGGCCUGAAAUGUGAGGUCCAAGGCUGUUUUGGGGGUGAGAGCAACGGGCUAAUGGAAACUGAUGGAGAUGGAAAACUCAACAGUCAAGCAAAUGGCAAUGACAAGCUUGAAUGA